AUGCAGACAAUAAAGUGUGUUGUGGUUGGUGAUGGUGCUGUAGGUAAAACCUGCUUGUUGAUAUCAUACACUACCAACAAAUUUCCAUCAGAAUAUGUCCCAACGGUUUUCGACAAUUAUGCUGUUACUGUUAUGAUUGGUGGCGAGCCUUACACACUGGGACUGUUUGAUACUGCAGGGCAGGAAGAUUAUGAUAGACUCAGACCCCUCAGCUAUCCACAGACAGAUGUGUUUUUGGUUUGUUUUUCUGUAGUAUCCCCAUCUUCAUUUGAAAAUGUUAGAGAAAAGUGGGUACCAGAAAUCACUCAUCAUUGCCAAAAAACCCCAUUCCUACUGGUAGGAACCCAGAUUGAUUUGAGAGACGAUGCUGGUACAAUAGAGAGGUUGGCUAAGAACAAACAGAAGCCAAUCUCUUAUGAACAAGGAGAGAAACUUGCCAAGGAGCUUCGGGCUGUUAAAUAUGUGGAAUGCUCAGCAUUGACACAGAAAGGUUUGAAGAAUGUUUUCGAUGAAGCCAUUCUUGCAGCCCUGGAACCCCCAGAACCCCCAAAGAAAAGGAGAUGCAUUAUGGCCAUGUCAGUACUUACAAAUUACUUUUCCUCUCCUGUGAUGACUGCUACUUGUCAUUCUAUAACCUUCGUCUUUCUCAUUCAUCGUCUUUCCUCCACUUUUUCUUUUUUUCCUUUCUUCUUCUUUUUUUCCUUUCUUCUUCUUUUUUUUCCUUUCUUCUUUUUUUUUUCCUUUCUUCUUCUUUUUUUCCUUUCUUCUCCUUCUUUUUCCUUUCUUCUUCUUUUUUUCCUUUCUUCUUCCUUCUUUUUUCCUUUCUUCUUCCUUCUUUUUUCCUUCUUUUUUCCUUUCUUUUUAACUUAA